AUGUCUCUGUCGCGCCCCGCGUGGCCUGCGGGGCCUGUCACCUCAGAACGGCCUCCCCAGGACCCCGCCGCGGCGUCACCCAGCAGCCCGCGGCCGGGUCUGGAGGCGGCUGCCGGCGUGUCUGAGGCGGGAUGGCCGCUGCUGGUGGUGCCUCGCUUGUCUGAGGUAGAAAAGGCCUGGGAGUGGUCGCCCAGACCCUUCGCAGCCUUCCUCGUUCCAAAGAACCUGGGGAGCUGGGACUGGGGGAGGCGGCGGCGCGGCCGGGGGUGGCAGGCCGGAACAUUCCAGACGCAGAGCGGUGGGCAGGCUGGAAUCCCAGGAAGAGCGGGUUGUUGCAGGGCUCCAGGAAGGUCUCGCGGGCCGGGGCUGCAGGGCACCGAGGCUCCCGGGGUGCUCCGAGGUGGCCGCGCCGCCCAAGUGGGUCACUUUCCUCGGGACACCUCCAUGCCCGGGGUCCCAAGAGCCGAACUCGAGCCCGAGGAACUUCCUGUCCGAGGGAAGGAAGAAAGUCUUCUGAAAGAAAAGAAUUCUGUGAGACAGCCAGGGCACCCACUUCUAGAUGUUACAGUUUCUGAGGAAACUGAGUCAACAUUACAUGACAUUAAGGACGGACGUAAAGUUGACAGCGUCAUGACCUCGGAGAAAAAAGACAAGAACCUUUCAUCACCUACACUGAAAAUACCCAAAUUUCAAAACCAGGCCUGCCUGGAAAGCGCCAAACCCAGCUCUUUUAGAGAUAACAUCACAAUAGUUUGCCCAGAGUUCCCAAGGGAUUUAAAUAGCAACAUGUCCUUUUUCUAUUUAAAGGAAAUAGCAAAGAAAAAGAAUGACAAAAUUGAGGCAUAUGUUAGGGAUUUCACAAACAUUUGCUGGUCCCAAAAUAGACCCGAUGCUAAGAAACAAAAGUUACAGGAUGAUAAAAAAAGUGGGUUUGUGGAAAACGAUUUUUCUGAGUAUUAUGAAAGUCACCACCAGUCACACACUGUUGAAGAGAAAAUAGACUCGAUCAAUUUAAACUACUAUCGCCAAAGUAGUAUUGAGUGUGGUGUAAGAGACUCUGAAAAGAAUUUCACUCUAACAGUAGAAGACGUGAAUAGGGAGGGAACAGAAAGGACUCUAGACUCUUACAUAUCUACCAGACAAGGAUCUCAAAGCUGGGACUAUAACAGAUCUAUUUUGAAAAGGAAGAGGGGAAAUUGUUGGAUAUUGAAAAAUUUUAGGAUUAUCUGUGAAACUAUAAAAAUACUUGGAGAAAAUUUGAAUUUGGCACAGUUACUAGAGACUGACCUUUUAAACAAGGGAGAUUAUCACAAUGCAAAAGUCAGGGAUGUACAUGAACAACACUCAAAGACCCUGAUGGCAGGAACUGUGGGUAGUCCCCCCAAUUUUAUAGAGGUUGUUUGGUUUAAUGGUGAAGGCAAAAAUGCCAAUAUACUACAGCUGAGGUACUAUACUAUACAAAAAUACAUUUCCAAAAAUAAAGACGAUAAUACUUUAACCUGCCAUCAGACCCCUCACUUCAUUUUUAAGUUCAAAUUUGAAGAUGUCUUUAAUGUUAGGCAACUGGGCACAUUGUUAAACCAAAAUACAAUGCACAGUGACCAGAAGAAUGCUAUAGCGCUAACUCAGGAGCUCAGCUUGGAGAACUUGUUAGGUGAAAUAGAAUGGGAAAUAUAUGAUUUUAUUCUGAAGAAGGAUGUAAAGGCCACAGAAAGUUCAAGGAGUUGCCAAGCUCAUAAAGCUAUCAACAUAGGGAAGGAAGAGGAUAGCCCUCCCUCAAAUGACAGAGUGUCUUUAGUGCAGUUAGCUUCACAAGUGAGUAAGAACAUACAUGUGGAAAAAACUAAAUCUGCUAAUCAAAAUAAUGGAACUAAAACAAAAGAGGAUGGAGGUAUUUUGCAAAAAAGCGAGUUAGCUAAUUCAAAGCAUUUGCAUCCAGAGAAUGACUCUACAUUAUAUGCUGAUCAUCAGUUUGAAAGUGAUUCAAGUGGAGAGAACAAUGAAUGUUUUCAGGGCUUAACUGCUCAGUGUUUAUCAACAGAAACUCUGCCAAUAGCAGAAGAUUUCGAGAUGAAGAGUAAAUUUGAUUUAGUACUUGAAGAGCUUCGUAUGUUUCACGAAAUUAGUAAGGAAAAUGAAAUUCCAAGUACCGCGGAAACAAACAAUAGGAAAGAAAAUUACUUUGGAGAAAGUAAUGAUAUUAAGGAGGCAAGAAUGGAGAUAGAAAAAGAUCUGGAAAUGGUUGAAACCAAUAAAAGAAAUGCAUCUUCUUUGACGCUUGAUUUGAAAGCAGGCCCCAACAAACAUAAAAGGCACCAAGGUUUAUUUAAUUGGAAAAAAAUACCUACUCAUGGAGGACAGGUAGUUCCCAAUGAGUAUUGUCCAAGAUCAGAGGAAGAAUUCCUCCAUUCUACUUCUAAGGAAGAUUAUAAGAAACCAUUCCCUAAAAGUCCUGCUUUUUCUCCUGAUGAAUGUAAAAUAGAAAAGUACAAUUAUUUGUUGAAGGGAGGCAGUCAUUUCUCACAUGGCAUUUCCAGAGUGCAGCCUCUUAAGACGUGCAGCCGCCCAAUUAGAGUUGGCUUGUCCAGAAGAGCUAGGCUGAAACAACUCCAUCCUUAUCUGAAAUGA